ACAGACAGUUGAGCUUAAUAAUUGAUCCCAAAGGCAACCAUGGCUGUCCUGAAACUCUUUGCUUCUCUCCUUGUCGGUCUCUGCGCCUAUUAUUUCUACAGCCAGGAAACCUUCUCUGAAGAAAUGGUGCGAGGGAAGCGCGUCCUGGUGACGGGGUCGAGCACAGGGAUAGGGGAGCAAAUGGCCUACGAGUUUGCCCGGAUGGGGGCCCAUGUGAUGGUGAUGGCCAGGAGGGAGGAACGACUCCAGAAGGUGGUUCAGAAGUGUCUGGACCUGGGAGCCAGCUCCGCUUCGUAUGUUGUGUCGGACAUGAGUAAUUUGACUUCCGCCCAGCAAGUUGUGGAAGAAACCAAGACCGUCUUGGGGGGCCUUGACCUGCUAGUGUUGAACCAUAUUGGAAGCUAUGGCAGUUUUGGUCCACUCCAAGGAGACAUGGAAGCCAUGAUCACCACCAUGACCGUCAACUUCUUCAGCUAUGUCCAGCUCACGGUUUCUGCACUGAGCGCGUUGCAAGAGUCUCACGGCAGCAUCGUCAUCCUAUCUUCCAUGAGUGGUCGCAUUCCAUCUCCAUUUUCUGUCGUGUGCUCUGCCACCAAAUUUGCCCUGGAGGGAUUCUACAGCGGGUUGCGGCUUGAGAUGCACCUUCGGAAAAUCGACCUGCCUAUCACAGUUGCCGUGUUGGGGUACAUCGACACAGGCACUGAGGUGAGGGCUGUGGAUGGCAGCAUCGCCAUACAGGCAAGCCCAAAAGAAGUCUGUGCCCGGGAAAUUGUGAAGAGCGGAGUGCUGAGGCAGCAGGAAGUUGUCUGUCCUUACUGGGUCACCAAACCUAUCCUAGCCUUCAGAGACUGGAUACUCGAAGUCUUGGAACAAAUGCUUACCGGAUCCUAUAAAGGGGACAAUAUCCUCUAAAAAGGACUAAGUUCCAGAGUUCAUACAUUUCAAAAUGUCAGGGGCCGAUCUCAGCUGCAUUGUGUUGCAAACUCCUUGCACGAGGUUGCUACAUGGUUCUAUCUACAAAGUUUGCCACCAUGGCAAAGUUUUGAAAACAUUUCACAUUACCUUUGUAGGAGGUAUUUCUUUGUAGUCACCAAAUUCAAAUUUUUAAUGCUGGCAGGAGGAUUUGUCUUGUUCGCCUCACAUUUGAGUCCUCGUAAAGUGCAAUUGUGGGGGGGAGGGGAAAUCAAACACUUUUGGACGCGAAGGGGGCAUGGACCAGCGAGCCACAUUUAUUGGGGGGAGCACUUAGGCUGGCACCAAGGGUCAGUGUGGCCAGGCAAUUGCUGGGCCUCAGAGUGAACAUGGGGUCCACCAACCAGGAGACAGUGCUGAUGACAGGAGAUAGCCGCAUUUUAAUUAAUUAGUUAAUUAAUUGAUUAAUGAAUUGGAAGUUUGAAAAAUAAAAUACUCAUUUUUAAGCAUA